ACUGCCUUGGGUUUAUGAUGGUCAUAAAUAGUGAAUCUCAGCAGAUAAACUAAGAAUUUUGUGAUAAAACGCGAUACAGUUGACAAUGAAUGCAUAAUGGAAAUCAAGAAGAACUUCCAGUGCAAUUUAUGCCAGGCAAACUUUGAGAACGCCACAUGCUUGGACGAUCAUGUCAGGAAUCAUUUCGUUGGAGGAAAGAAACUUGUGGAGAGCUAUGAUUGCUCAGAAUGCGGGAAAUCAUUUCCAUCGACAGAUAAUCUUCUCAACCACGGGAAGAUCCAUGGAGACGACAAGGUCUACGAAUGUAGGGAAUGUGAAAAGAAAUUCACGAGGUCUGAAGAUUUGCAUAUUCAUCGACGGGUACAUAGGAAUGAAUCAGUGUUUGAGUGUGUCUUCUGUGAUCGACUGUUUGCUCAGUUUAAGAACCUCACAAAUCACAUGCAGAAACUACAUCAGAAUGAGAUUAGUCAAGGGAAAUUCUCAGUUUCUCCACAGAAAAGUGAUUUCGAAAGCUCAUCGUCAGAUAAUCUGAUUCAGACUUCGAUGAAAACUAUAGAGUGUUUUAAGAAGUACUCUUGUCUUCUCUGUCCCUUGAAAUUUAUCCGGAAGCAGACAUUGCUAAUGCACUACUCUCGAAAUCACACAACGAAAGAGGAUCAUCAGAAGCUGGAGCACUUGUCGGAAGAGGAGAAGUAUCAAGAAAUCUGUGACGAGCCUCAAAAAAUAGUCCUCUCAAUUCCAAGUAGGAAGAAGUGUUCACUGUGUGAGGAUUUUUCAGGUGUUCCUCACGACUUGACUCUUCACUUGAGAAUAAAUCAUGAGGCUGAGAAGGAGUUCAAGUGUGGUAAAUGUGGCUUGACAUUCUCCAGCAUUUCAAUCCUCUCCAGUCACGUAAAGCAUCACAUUGAGGAGCGUCAUAAAUGCUCUUUCUGUGGACAGAAUUUCAGCCUCAGCCAGACUCUCCUUAAGCAUCUGAAACGCCACACAGGACCGGCAGUUGUUUCCUGUGAAAUAUGUGGUAUUCCAUAUGCAGAUUUGAGAGAUUUGGAACGUCAUAAAAGGAUUCAUGCCGACGGGAAGCCUCACAAGUGUGAUUUUUGUGAUAAGAGAUUCGCUCAGUCUUGCGACAAGAUCAAGCACUCCCGCAUCCACACUGGAGAGAAGCCCUACAGGUGUGACAUGUGCGGGAAGUCUUUUGCGUACCUGACUAGUGUGAAAAAGCACAUGUUAGUGCACACUGGAGAGCGCCCUUAUCAGUGUACUUUCUGUGGGAAAUCCUUCCAGCACAGCAGCAAUCUUGUUGUCCAUACAAGAACACACACCGGUGAUCGACCCUUCAAGUGCACACUCUGCGAGAAGACUUUCUACGCCUCCGGACACUACGCUGACCACAUGAAGAUCCACACAGGCGAGAAGAAUUACAAAUGUUCAGAGUGUGGAAAGCAGUUUAUACAUCAGAGCAGUUUCCAGAAGCAUAGACGAAUGCAUAGAGGAGAAAAGCCUCACAAGUGUCCUGUGUGCCAGAAGACCUUUUCCCAGCCGGGCCACUUGAAGGAGCACUUCCGGAUCCACACUGGCGAGAAGCCAUUUCACUGUACAGUGUGUAGAAAGCAGUUUAGGAGGGCAGAUGCCCGAAACAAUCAUCUGAAAACGCACAAUUUGGCAUCAUCAGUGCAAUUCAUGCACAAUAAUCAAGAUCAGGGUGCAUCCUAGGUAAUUUCUUUAAUAUUCCAUUUGGAUUUAUUGAAAAUAGUGAACCUUUGUAAGUGUAAAACCCAGCCUUUUCCUUCACUCAAUUGGUCAUUGUCCAUUUAUCUCAACUGGCGCCUUACGAAUUUAGGCAAUAACUUCACCUCUUCUCAACGCACAAUAAGUACUUUAUUUCAGGAUGCUAGAGCAAAGAUCAGUCAUUGGGAAAAUCGUGUAAUUAAAGUCU